AUGGUCAGCAACAGCAAAGCUGAAGCCUCCGCUCAUCAUAUCGAACUUUUGGAGAAUCGUGUUACGACGACAAGAAACACUGGACUGCGAGAUGGUAAAGUGGCUGUUCUCGAUCCGGAGUCACAGAAGGGAGAGGGUUUGAAAACAACGGUGGAUGGACGAAUUGUACUUGUUCCUCAACCGUCAGAGAAUCCCCGAGAUCCUUUGAACUGGAGCUCCAGGAACAGGCAUAUUGUCCUCGCAAUUGUUGUCGCAUGUUCCUUUCUGCCAGACUAUGGUAGCGUGACUGGUGCUGCAACCCUGACGCCCCAAGCGGCGGAGUAUGGAAUUCCACCAGACAAAGUGAACCAUUCUCAGUCCGGAAACCAGUUCAUGGUAGGCGCGGGAGGUGUCGUUGCGGUCAUGAUGUCUGCAUACCUUGGUCGACUGCCGGUGCUGUUCUGGUUCAUGGUCGCAUCGUUCGUGACAGCUGCUGUGCAAGCUAGCUCGAUUGGGUUCAUUGGCUUUUUUGUGCCACGAGUCAUGAACGGAUUCUUCUCGGGGGUUGCUCAGGGAGGCGGUUUGAUGUUUAUCAAGGAUCUAUUCUUCCUGCAUGAGCACGCUCGCAAGAUCAAUCUUUGGCAAUCGUGUGUCAUUCUCUCGCCCUUCUUUGGUCCCCUCCUUGCAUCAUUCAUCACUAUUAGUCUGUCCUGGCGAUGGCCGUUUUGGAUAUAUACCAUUAUGACAGGUCUUGCUCUCCUGGGGGUAGUUCUUUUUGGUGAGGAAACUUAUUACGAUCGCCGAAUCCCAGCGUCGGAUCAGCCAGUCCCUCAGUCUCGGUGGCUGCGACUUAUAGGCGUCGAACAAUGGCGAUCUCGCUCACAACGAAAUUCACUAAGACAAGCUGUCUCACGGUCGUUCGUAGUACUUCGGAAACCGAUCAUUAUACUCACGAAUUUCUAUUACCUUUGCAUAUUUGCAUGGCUAGUAGCCAUCAACGCGACACUUCCAAUUUUACUAGUCCCUUUGUAUGGGUUCGGUCCUAAGCAGAUAGGCUUCAUGUUCUUUUCCCCAGUGGUGGCAGCCAUCGCAGCGUAUAUCAUAGCCCACUGGCUUCAUGAUCUUCUGGCUAAAUUUCACAUGAAGCGAAACGAAGGUCGAUUCGAUCCAGAAUCACGUCUUAUAAUUACUUGGUUCACGAUGCCGUUUAUGCUUGCCGGUCUUUUGAUAAUCGGGUUUACGUUGCAACGCCAUUAUCACUAUAUGCUAGUCGCCCUAGGUUGGGGUUUUUACACUUUCGGAUUAACUCUCAACUCGGCCAGCGUCAAUAUGUACGUGUUGAACUCUUACCCGGAGGCUAGUGGCGAGGUCGGAAUGUGGAUCAAUUUCUCGCGCACCGCAGGGGGAUUUUUGAUCAGCUAUUUCCAGGUUCAAUGGAUUGAUCGCGUGGGUGCAGCAGCGGCAUUUGGGACCCAGGCUGCUGUUUGUGCGGCUGUAUUUCCCAUUGUCAUUCUUUUGCAAUUUCGUGGAAGCCAGUUGAGAGCUUGGGGUGGAGAUUUGAAUUUCAAGACAAAUUAG